ACUACUAUAUCCACUAUAAAAAUGGUUGGCAUGUGGUCCUUAAUAAGCGAGUUCCACCAAUCUAAAACUACUUGGGCAUUCAAAGCCCGAGCUGUUCGUGUCUAUACCGUCCCUGCCCAUGGCAUUUACGGUGAAUCUUUGCAGUGCAUUUUCCAUGACGCUGAGGGAACAAAAAUACAUGCACACAUUGCAAAAUCAGAGGUUGCGAAGUUUGAGCACCUGUUUAGGGAAGGAAAUGUUUAUGCAAUAAGAAAAGUCUUGGUGCUAGACAACUAUAUGAAGUUCAAGACAACAAGGAAUGCUUUCAAGUUGUUAUUCGUCAACCGAACUGAUGCCUUUGAAAUCUCUAACAUUAAUUUUCCAAUGAGGAUGUUUGACUUCACAUCUAUAGCUGCCUUAAAAGAUGCUGAAGUUAUAGACGAAACCUAUGCCAUAGAUGUGAUCGGCAAGGUAACUUCAAUGUCAGACCCAAAGGACCUAACAAAGAAUGGUAAACAAACGAGGUUGCUUGAUCUUACCCUCGGUGAUGCCAAUGGGAAUACGAUUGCCUGCACUCUCUGGGAGAACAUGGUAGAAGAGUUCAUGGAUUUUCUUAAAACAAAACCGAAGUCAAUCACUCUUAUUCUUCAACGCUGCCGUGCUAAAAAAUUCCAGGGUCGGGUGGAGGUAACAAACAUGUUCCAUGUGACUAAGAUGUUACUGAAUAGCAACAGCGAGGAGUGUGCAGCUUUCAAUUCCACGUUCGGUCCAGAUAAUGAUGACGGCGGGGAUGCUCUAGCCUUAGCUACUUUUGUUACCCCUUCUUUUCAAGAUGACCUAACUGCUGGAAAAGUUCAGUUGGUAUCAAUUGCAGAUCUAAUGAAAAUGGAAGAGAUUACAAAGAAGAAAAAAAACAGAAAAAAUACAAGAAUACAAAAUAAAGUGAAGGUGGGGGUGGACAAUAUGUUGACAAAGAUGUGGGCCUGAAUCAACCAAAUAGGCCCAGGGAAUAAAAUUCCAACAUAAUGCCCCCAAAGGGAAAGAGCCGCCUCAAAAGAAAACAGGUUUGAGAGAAAGUGUCGAGAGAGUUCCAUGAGAGAGGACUUAUUCUGGUUUCAUUCCAUUUUCACGCCUCAUUCCGGUAGCCGCAGAGGAUCAACCGGUGUCUCUGAAAAACGAAGCUCCACGUUUGUCCUCGUAAUAAGAUUUCUUGGCUCUAGCCGGGAGUUGAUCGAGCGUGAAAGAUGUCAUCACUUGUAGACGAAGUCCAAAAUUAGCCAGGUGAUGAGCACAGGAGUUAGUCUCUCUUGGUCUGUAACAAAAAGAGAGUCGAUUUGCUAGCUGUGAUUCAUGAGUGGAUUUCACCAUCGGACGUAGAAAAUCAGGUAUUUUGGAAAACCCUUUAAUCAUUUGUAUGCUUUUUUCUGAGUCGGAUUGAACUAUGAAUGAUCUGUAACCACGGUUUACCAAUUCCUGUGACGAGGUGAGUAUCGCCUGAAGCUCAGCUUGAAGAGGGCUAGAAGCUGUAAUCGGGAAAGCAAGGGCAUCUUUGAAGGUUCCACUGGUUUCACGGAGGAUGGCCCCACCUGCGCUUUUAUGUGAGAAGAAAGCUGCAUCUGUGUUGAGGGAUUGGAGUCUUCCUUCGAAGUUGCUAAUCAGGUUGAGACAGUGGCCAAUUUUGGUAGUCCCAUGGUGGAUAACAGCCCCCAGGUUAAUGCAUUGACCAGAUGCAGAAUGGAAAACACUGGAUUUAUGGAGAGAUAUUGACAAUAGACAGCUACAGAGAUUGGUACUACAUAUCUUGCAGAGGGUGCAGCAGAAAGGUGUGUCCUGAAGGUGACAAUUUCAGUUGUGGUGUGUGCAACACCAAAGAAGUAGUUCUAAGGUACAAAAUUAAUGUUAGGGUGAUGGAUGAGACAGGUCAUGCUUCUUUUGUGUUUUGGGACAAAGAAUGCUUUACUUUGGUUGGAAAAACUGCAAGUACUUUUCAUGAGGAGAUUGAACAGAAAAAUGUUGGACCGUAUUAUUUUCCAGUCGAGAUUGAUGCUAUGGUUGAAACUAAGGGGUUGUUUCGAGUGCAAACAAAGAAGGAAAACAAAUACUACAAGGGUGUUCCUACUUUUAGUGUAAUUGGAAUGAAUUGUGAUCCAACUGUUAUCGCUUUAUACAAGUAUAAAGGAAAAGCAGUUGAGGAAGAAGAUGAUGCAGUUGAGGAAGAAGAUGAUUUCACACUACUUAGGAAGGAGUUUUCUGUGUCUGAAGAAGUCCUCAUACCUGAUGAGGAGGAGACCAGCCCCCUACUGUCAAAAGAAAAAAGGAAGGAACUUGUGGUGAACUACGAAGGCAUCAAAAGGAAGCUGUUUGUUGAGCCCCCGCCUGUCAAGCCACCAAAGAAGCUGAAGAAGGUGAAAAUGGAAAAGGAGUAACGAUGUUUGAACAAUGAAGAACUUUUUGCUAAUGAAGAACUUCAAGAACAAUGAAGAACUUUUUGCUAAAAUGAAGCAUAUCAUGUAUGCAGUAUUUUCUAUGUUUUUCUGUUAGUGCAUUAGCAUUUCAGAAAAAUGUUUGCUGCCUGGAAUAACUUAGGGAUAAGUUUAGGUUAUGUUACAAACUUUUGGAGUGGGUUAUUUUCUAGAUAAUCUAUUUUGAUCCCAAGUUUGUAAUUUUUGGCAUUUGUUGCCAAGUGUGAUGUAACCUAUUCGGAAUGUAAUUAUAUGUAAAUUACGUUCUAUUUCCUUGGCUUUAUAUAUUACAACUUGACCAAACUUGAUGACUAGCUACACUAAACAUGUAAAAAUAUUU